AGCCCGCGUCCCCGCCGGCGGGAGCUCGGGGAAACGGGCGGCGGCGCGGCUGUGGCGGCAGCUGGCUGGAUGCGAGACCUGCGCGGACCCGGCGGCGGACGGCGGCUCUCGACUCCGGGAAGCCGAUCGCGGAGGGGACGAGCCCGAACGCGCUGGCCAUGGCCUCCAACUUUAACGACAUAGUCAAGCAGGGAUACGUGAAAAUCCGCAGCAGGAAGCUGGGGAUUUUCAGACGAUGCUGGUUGGUUUUCAAGAAGGCUUCUAGUAAAGGACCCAGAAGGCUAGAAAAAUUUCCGGAUGAAAAGGCAGCGUAUUUCAGAAACUUCCAUAAGGUAACGGAACUGCACAACAUCAAAAAUAUAACCAGACUGCCUCGAGAGACAAAGAAGCACGCCGUGGCAAUUAUCUUUCAUGAUGAAACGUCAAAGACAUUUGCCUGUGAGUCAGAGUUGGAGGCCGAGGAGUGGUGCAAACAUCUCUGCAUGGAGUGUCUGGGGACCCGCCUCAAUGACAUCAGCCUUGGUGAGCCCGAUCUUCUGGCGGCAGGUGUACAGCGAGAACAAAAUGAGAGAUUCAAUGUGUAUCUUAUGCCUACGCCAAAUCUGGAUAUUUAUGGUGAAUGCACAAUGCAGAUCACUCAUGAGAAUAUCUAUCUCUGGGAUAUCCACAAUGCCAAGGUCAAACUGGUGAUGUGGCCCCUCAGCUCCCUGAGGAGAUAUGGACGGGACUCAACGUGGUUUACCUUUGAGUCAGGAAGAAUGUGUGACACAGGAGAAGGACUAUUCACUUUUCAAACAAGGGAAGGAGAAAUGAUCUAUCAGAAGGUCCAUUCCGCGACACUGGCCAUAGCUGAGCAACAUGAAAGAUUAAUGCUAGAAAUGGAGCAGAAGGCCCGGCUUCAGACAAGCUUGACUGAGCCAAUGACGUUAUCGAAAUCGAUAUCUCUUCCUCGUAGUGCGUACUGGCAUCACAUCACUCGUCAGAACAGUGUUGGAGAAAUCUACAACUUGCAAGGCCACGGGUUCGGUUCCUCGAAGAUGUCGCGCGCACAGACGUUCCCCAGCUACGCCUCGGAGCAGAGCGACGAGACGCAGGCUCUGUCCCGGGCGGGCAGCUACGGGUUCAGCUCCAGCUCCAGCCUCAUCCAGUGACCGCCGGAGAGCCGCCGCCGCCGGACACAGCCCGUCCGCGCCCGCCGCGGGGGCCGCUGCCCCCCAGCCUCCUGGAACACCCGUCGCGGCUGAAAUGCAAGCGGGCCGGGUCUCGGCCCGGUCCCAGGGGCACGUCACAGACUGGAGUUCUGCUUCCUCGACUCUGUGGCUAAGUCUUUAUUUAUUGAAUUUCUGGGGGGUUGGGGGGCUGGGGAAUCUAUGUUUUACAAAAAUAAGACUCCAAAUCGUAGCUACAGUCAUUUAAAUGAAAUUCUUUGGUUCUGGGCACCGUGGAAAGGGGCCCACACCGGGUGGUGCCUGGGGGGGUGGGCAGGACCCCGUCCGCGUCCUCGUGGCUCAGCCCUCCCGUCCCGUGGCGGGGUCUGUCCUUAGACAUAACGUCACCCACCGCAAGCUGUGUGGCAUGGAAGGUUCGGAUGGAGACACAGCCAGCAAGGUCGACAAAUGGCAUCUUGACUCUCCAUAUAAAUAAGCCCCGGUGAAAAUGAAGGGAACCCGAGAUCUAGAACGCUCUGCUGAGCCGGGUCUUGGCCCUCUGCUGUGUGUGUGCGUGCGUGUGCGCGUGUGUGCAUCUGUAGACGGAUGCGGAGACCGCCGUAUCCAUCUGUGUCUAACAAGUACACACCAGAUGUGUGCUGAGGGGGACAGGCUAUGCUCACUUACAUUGUUGAAAACUGUAAUUUGGUGCAUUAACAUUAAGAUUGUUAUGUUGAAUAGCUAUUUUUAAAAUAGUGCUGUUAAAAAAAAUGGCUUCUUAUUAGCAAAAGUAUUUACGUAGUCAAGUCUGCUCCUCUGACAAGUAUAAAUGAACAUGUGAGAAGGGGGGACGUGCUCGAAAACGAAAACCAGAGAACCGCUCUCGCUGUCCUACGCGUCCUGUCUCCAUGCCGUCUUUCUGGUGAGUGUCCCCUUGGUGACAACCUUUGUCUCCUCGGCCAUCCCUCUGAGCUAUGUGAGGGAGAUUGGGUGUGAUCGCCCAGCUGCCUCCAUUUACCCUCAAGUAAAAAAAAAAAAAAAAGAUUUUAAAUGGGAAACCAUUUUUUUUUUUUUUUUAAGAAAGAGAUGGAAAGUAUGUAUAUGAUACCCAGAAAGAAGUCAGCUGCUUUACCGUCAAGAGAACCAUGGGCACAGGAUUGUAGAUGUUAAUUAUUUAAGAUUUUAUAGAUGCCAUGCUCCAAAGCCACUGGGCACUUGUGAUUUAGUAUGUAACCAGAAUCUGCUAGGCUUUCCUUUCUUUUUAAUGGACAUGGUUGGCUGGGAUUGUAAGAAAAUGGAUCAAGUAUAAUUUUUUUCAUCUCUGACAUUCAUGACCUACCAAGUUUAAACCUACCAAGUUUAAAGGGAAGCGAGUGAUUGGCUUCCACAUGAUCUAAAGAAUUUGGAUCAUUCAUUUAGGGUCAGCAAAGAUAUUUUUGUCCUUCAUUUUGAAGUUAAUUCAAGUAAAAAUAAAAAUCAUUCCGCCCAACUUACCUGGUGCCACGUGCCUAAGACGGCGAGCCCGCAAACACCGCAAGCGGAGUGUAAAGUGCAGUGAGCCCAGAUCACGGAAGAGAAAAGCCUGAUUUGUUUCUUCUUAAUAGCAAAAUUCUUUGAACUGUUGAACUUAGUCUGUUGAAGGGGUACCUGUCUUGCUGAUCUAUAAUAAGACUUUUUCUUUCUUAUCUCUAUCUGUAGCUUGAAUGCAGAUUGCACAUACAUUUCAGAGAAUUACUACUGAGUAGAAAUGGUUCUGGGUCCCUCCUACAUGUAUUUACGCUUAGAGCACCUACCUAGCCUCUCUGAAUCUCCACGAUAAGAAUGAACACCCCAUCAAGAUGCUAAUCAUAAGAGUUCACGUGGCUAUGAAAAAUAAUUAUCUUAAGCUUUCAGGAAUUAAAAAAAAAAAUGAGUCAAACUCUCUGUGCUGUGAAUUUUGCUGACACAGCAGAAAAGCAGAUGCCGGUUUCCUGAUGAUGACCCAGCCUUCCCUAAGAUCCCAGCUGGCAGGGUCACAUGCCUCUGAAUCACUGAGCUCCUCGGCAUUUGCUUCCAAAAUACCCUUUGUAAACCAUACCAGAGCAGCCCCCCGCUGAGACCAUCCACGCACAGCUCCUGGUGGUGCCACACUCAGAGCAAGCCUCUCGGCGGCUCACUCGGUCGAGCUCUGCUUAGAGACCACAGUUUCAACACGGGACUUGUGGGGAAAGGGCCUCAGGGGUCCUGGUUCAUGUCUCAGCUUCAUGAAUGUGCGAGAAGCACAGACAGCGAGUCCGAGGUGGGGGGAUCCUGCUAAUCAGAUGAGUCUGCUCUUGUGUCUGGCGGAAGACACGAUGCCUGCCUGAAAUUGCUUCCAGAACACCAUUUGCUUGUGAUCAUUACCUGUGAGCAUAAAUGAGGAGAUACCAAAGAUCAGGCAAAUCUUGGGCCAGGUCAUUCUGAAAAUGAGGUCGUUACAAAAGUGUGUGAGAGAAAUUUCCUUCCCAAGUCUUUCACCCAAUCUCAUCCCAACGAGGAUGAUGCUAUAAAGUGUCUCCUGGCACAUUUUUGGAGAUUUAUUCUGGCAUAUGCCUCCAUCUGUACUAAUAAUUGUAGCUCAGAUAAAAUUGCUAACCGAACAGAUAGGAGAAUUGAUAUUAGCCUAAUAUACUUGACAUGUGGCAAUGUGCAUGGUAAUAAAAAUGACGAGCAAAUAAAUCUUCUACAAAAACCAAAGAAGAAAGAAAAGUUACCAUACCAUUCUCCUGGAACUUCAUAAAACCAAUCUCAUUGGAGCAAUUAGAAUGAACAUAGACACAUAGUCAACGCACUCAAGCUCAUAGGUUUUUGACUGAAGAUACCUCUACACUUUGCAAGUCAUUUUUCUCCCUCAGAAAUUGUAUCAUAUCUUUCCUGCUAUUGGGAAUUCACUGAACCAAAGACAUCCUUCGGCCCCUUCUAAAAGUGACUCACUUGGGGUUCCAACCAUAUCUAGGUAGGUGAGUCAAGAUGGUCACAGUUUCCACAUUGGGUUGGAAGAGAGAAGUGGAGAGGGACCUUGAUCCAAGUAACGAAGGCUCUUCUGAGAGCAGAGAAAGCCUGGAGGGUGUACACAGUUUUCACGAAAAGAUGACAUGGCGGGAGGGGGAGAGGUUAUUUCUUACAUCCCCAAAUUUUCUUCUGAAAAUAUUAAUCGUUGCACCGUGACCAAUACCUGACCUUAUCUUUGAAGUGUUUAAAAGUAUAAAAUAAGCUUGACCCAGUAGUUUACCAUACUGGUGGGGGAAAAAGAAAACACAUUCUUCACUUUUUUGUUGAAUGAGUAAUAGGCACUCAGAACUAAUUUAUUUCUGCAGGUCCCUGAUGUUUAUGAAUCAAUAGGUUCUGGCCACUGCCACAAUAUGAACUUAAUAAAACAAGAAAUGUAUAUUUACUUAUGUACUAGGGAAGGUACCAUUCGAUGGAGCAUGUGAAAUAAAGUGAAACUAUUUAUUAAAAGUAAACUUCACUUUUUUCACCAAGUAGUAACUAGAGUACUAGUCCUAGUAUCUUGUACAAUUUUUCUCUGUCUUCAUUGGGCCAUUAUGUUUGAAAAUCAUUUAUCACCUAUAAAAUGGUCAACCACUAAUCCCUUCUGUCCAAUAUAGAAACAGUGGACCGGUAAAUAACAUUACACUGUUAAUAGUUUUUACAGAUCCAAUUUAUUUACUGCAUGUGGUAUCUUUAGAGUAGAAGUUAAAAACAUAUCAUAAAAAUUUAUGUCUGCCCCUCGUUCUUCAGCCAAUAUCUGAGAAAACUUUGUAAAAAAGCAUGAGUACCCUAACUCCUAGAUUAUUUGAGCCACUUACUGAAAUCAACCAUUAAUGCUACAGUGAAAACAAGCUAAGAAAAUUAUAUUCUUAUAAAAAAAUUUGUAGUCCAGUUUUGAUGAUUAUACCACAGCACAGUAAACAGGCAAUAUACAUUCAGUGAUGCUAAGCUUUAGGCCUUUAACACAUUGUCUUACAACAAAUAUUGUACUAAAAGCUGCUCAAGGUGAAAACGAUACACUUUUCUCCAGUUCUAUGAACAUAUCAUGUCCAUCGGUUAUCUGGAAAUUUCAAAUUGCUCUAUCAGUCACAUACCAUACUUUACAACUCCUCAACCUUGGCCUUCUUCAAAUAGAUAAAAAUUGGCCACUCUAUUUCCAUUAAUAUAAUACUAGGCGAUGUGCCACAGAGAUGAAUUUCUGGCCUAUGAAAUGUAUGGAGAACAAUAGCCCAUGGAGGGGGCAGAGAAGGAGCAAGGGACCUACUCAGGAGGGCAGCAAUUUAGAUAGAAUUAUAAAGACUCCAGUGAAAUGUCCAAAGUAGCACUAAGACCCUAUUUUCUUGACACUCUAACCUCAGUUCCAUAUCACAGAGUUGGUCUUCUUGACCAGCUUCACCUGGUACCCAGCAUGCAAUUAAAAGAAGACAACAGUUGCGCCAUGUUUUGAAGUGACCACAGAAAGACAACGCAUAACCAAUAAGUAUGCUUCCUCGGGUUUAGCGAAAAUUUUUGAACAUGAAGGAGUGUGUAACGAAAUCCCCAUGGUAAGGUGUCUCUUGGGUAACCCAAGGAUUACUUUUGUAUGGUCAACUUCAUUUGAGUUUCAAAAUGAAGGCAUGUUAUCUGUGACCCUGGGCUGAGGGCUAAGUAUGUCAUUAGAGAGCCACAGCGCCAUGUGUGUAUUCUCUGUGAAUGUAUUUGUAAAACUAGCCCGCCUUUUUCUCCCUGAAAUUAUCACAAGUCCUUACUUUCUUACUCAAAAAUGUGAAUCUUUGUUGGAUAACUUCUCCAAUUAUUACAACUUGUUGAGACAGUAGCUAGUUUAUAGACUCUCAUGGAAGUAUCCUGAGAUGUUGGGCACAUUUUCUAGAUGGGCAGGAUGCCAGCUAGCUCUGGAAGCAAUUGUGUGGAAUAAAGGUUCACGUUCACGUUCUACUCAGGAGGAAACCCAAGCCCAUGAAUGUUGUCAUUUAUUCAAGGCAAAGAAACAGUCAGGAACAGUUGUGCCCAGUUCCAGGCUCCUGGGCCAGAGCUAAUUUCCUUGGCUCCAUCUUGUGUCCCAUUUAGAUGCCAUGGGGGUUGAGAAAUGCCACAUGGCCUCUAAGUUAAUGGGCCCUUGCAUAACAUUUGAGUGUCUCCUCAGGUUUUUCUGAUGUUCUAACUAUUCCUGGACUCAUCACUAACUGUGUCAGUAAAGAGGCUUUAUGAGACAACUUAUUAAACCUGUAGGUCAUGAAUGACUGGCAUAAAUUCUAUUCUUCUUACAAUUGUCACCAGUUCUUCGUUGGAAAUUCAUACUUACGUAUUCCAAAGUGAUAGUCAAACUAAAAAAAAAAAGUGGGUAUGGUUUGUAUUCCUACUGAUUCAUCAUAUUGUAAUCAGGAUUAUGAUUUUAUUCUUAUUUUAUCUCCCUGUAGUAUUUUGGCUUAAUUCUUCAUGGCGUUUGUCACAAUGUGUUUAGAGAAUAACAUCGGGCUCACAUUUUGUUUCUUGUGAACUUCCAAAAUCUUCCAUUUUCAGUUGGAAUUGGGAAAUACCCUUUUAUUAACAAUAAAAUAGCUUACAUAUCAAGUUUUUUAAUACACUUCAGGAGACAAUUAUUUAAAUUAACUGAAGCCUAGAUAAAUAAGAAAUCAGUUAAAGUUACCAAAUAGUAUGAAAAACCACAUUUUACUCACGAUUUUCAUACACUUUUCCCUAGUUUAUGAUUUUAAUAUCAUGUAAACAUUUAAAGGAGAGGAAAAGUACAUUUGUCAGAGAAAUACUAUAAUUUCCUUCUAAUAAUUCUGUUUAAAAAGUUUUUUAUUUUGGCUCCUCUUCUAUGCCUACUACCCUAUAUUCUGUAUUCCAAUUUUAAGAAGAAUGAUUAAUUUUAAAUUUUCUAAUAAUUAUUUGGGGCUAGUUUUAAGUGUUGAUACAAUUCACUUUCUCUGUCUGUUCUCUACUGUUGGGACGAUUUUAGACUGAAAGAGAGCAUAAAAUCAGCCCUUUUUGCAGACAGAGAAUACUGCACUCAGUGGAACAGGGGUCUACCGUGACCAGGCCAUGCUGUUCAUAUUGGGAUCUGACUGCUACCUUCAUUCACUCAAGAGAGCUAUAGUUUCAGAAGACUUGCUUAUUUUUUGGAAACCUGAAAUUUAAAAGCCUAAGUUCAGGAAAAGAAGAUUGAAAUCAUGACUUAGUUUUUUUUCUUUUUUUUUUUCCCAAAAGUAACUACAGAUUUUCUCUCAAAAACAAUGUAAGAGGGUUUCUAUGGUGUUCCAAUAUUGUUAACUAUUUGACAAAUGGGCUGAAAGGCAGGGAAAAUGAAGACUAGAAUGGCAACAGCAUCUUGAUGUUCUAUAUAAAUCAAAAAUUAGCAUGGCAUAGGUCAAUAUGAAAUCAUGUGACUAAUCAAAUUCAGACUUACAUAUCUACUGCAUAAUUCAAAGACCAAUGCUUAUUCUUAUAUGUGUGUGUGUGUGUGUGUGUGUGUGUGUCAGUGGGUUCAACGGGGGAAAGGAAGCUUUCAAUUUUCGUGAAGACUUAAAAUAGAGAAUAGAGAUUCCUUCCAGUUAUGGGGCACUCUAUAUUACUUUAGUAAUAACAGGCAGAAUAUAAAUCACAACAAUGAAUCCAUCUACUCCCUGACAAUAAAUGAGCAUAAAAGCCGGUAUCAUCUUUGUGGCAGAUGAGAGAACCAGGACCUGCAGAAACCCCCUUGUACCUUCUCUGCACUAAACCCUAACACCACACACUCUCACACACACACACGCACACAUGCACACACACACACACAUACACUUAUUUUUACUUUUGACCUACUCUGUAUGUGUUACAUUUGUUACCUUUUUCCUAGGUCCACCCAGAAUUAUCCCACUUUUCAAAAUCCUUAUCCUUAUGAAUCUUCAAAAUAUACUAUGUGCUGUAUGUUUGCUUUCUGUAAAUUCUUUUAAAUUAAUUUGUAUAUACUUUGUGAAGUCUUCUACUGUAAAGGGAUGUCAUUUGUCAUUGAUUAAAUAUAAUGUUUAUGAUUAUUUUGAUAAAAAUAACUUUGGAUGCUAGGCCCUUGUUAAGAAAUAAAAUAUCCAUUACCCAGUUUGCUUCUACUGAAAAUCAUAUGAUUUGACUUUAUUUUUCAUCACAAUCUACUCCGGAUAAAUAACAGUUUGGGGACGUCUGUACUUAAAUACUAGUUGAGCCACCUUUUGGAAUGGGAUGCAAAGGAACAGCUGUCCCUAGAACCUAAAUGUGAAUUUCUGGCGGAACAUAAACUAUUAUAAAAAUGAGGCAAUAAUAAAAUUAGGAAAUUAAAUUA